AGCUUUCGAACCCGCUUCCGUAGACAGCCGCUGCAGCGCAUGGCAGGAGCUAAGGGAGCCUCAAAAGAGCCACUGGACCCCGUGAGUCAGAACAAGAUCUUCUGCGAGACGAUCCGGAAGGAGCUGCGAUGCCAGCGCCUGCACACGGAGUACACAGUGAACCCGCUCCUCAAGGUUCAUACCUUAACUGGAAAACCUAUGUCUUGGCAUGAUAACUUAGAAGAACCUGCAGAUGCUAAAUUCCUGAAGAUUAUUCAUCAUGCUGCUCUUGAACCAACCAAGAAAUACACAGAACCUCAAACUGAAAGUCAGGAAAUUGGCUGGUAUUCCACACCAUUGAUCAGCAUCAACAGGAAUGACAAAAGGUUGUACUUCCCAAGUCGAAGCACUGAAAUCACUCAAUACAUGGCUGCUAUGUGGCGCCUGAAGGAGAUGACAAAGGAUAAGAGAUAAAAAGGAUAUAGCAACACUUAGUUUGGCUGGAAGGAUCCUAGACACCAAUUUAGGAUUUUUGAUCUGCAUUGAACCCCUCUCCUCAUUAUGAUAGGAUGCAAAAUUGAGACUAUUGGCAAGUAAGAUCUCUCGCUGAUCAUUUACUGAUUGUAAUAAAUUUGUUCCUGCUGUCUGUA